AUGAAUACUCCACAUCAGAUUGUCUAUCCCUUUGGAAUUGGGGGAGGAGCUGUUGAUAGGGUUAAUGCUCUCAUGACAACACCCCAGUUUCUGCAUGUUCUUGAAUCUCGCCAGCAACAGGAUAUCAAGUUUGAACUUGCGCUGGAAGUCAUUACAGAAAGGAGGAAUGUACUCCAAGCCUUGGCAGCUGCUGAGAGAGAUCCUUCUCAUUACAGCGAAUUGGAGUCCAUUGUCAGAGAUGAGGCAGUACUUCGCGGUUUGGACAAGAAGAACGAAUCCAUCCGUGCAUUGGUCACGCAGAUCUACUUUCCAAACAUCAACUUGCAAGGAGAACCAGAUGGGCACUCACUCACCAAUCUCAUGUCCAGCCCUACUUUCGGGCUUAUUCUGAACCUUCGCAAAGAUUGUUUGAAGUUCAAUGUCGCACUCGACGUUGUCAGAGAAAUCAAAAGGACCAUCUUGGCUGCUGCACUUCAAGAUAAUAUGUUUCAAGAAUACGCCAUGAUUGUCGAAGAUGAAGAAUUUUUGGUGGAGCACACUGCUUCAACCUUGCGACUUGAUUUGGUGCAUCGGGCUGCUAUGGAUGACUACAUUCCCUCCCUCAUGCCGAAGCUACCUGCUGGCCGCAUUCAGCCCGAGUCUCCUCAUAGUCUACCAGUCUGUGUUCCAGGACCAUCCUCAACUUUUCCCAUCUAUGAUCCUCUCAUGCCUGCUGCUGCUUGUCGACCCCCACCAAUCAGAGCCCUUGCUCUUAAUCCAGUGCAACAAUUCGUCAGCAUUCAGCCUGAGUCUCCUCAUAGUCUACCAGUCUGUGUUCCAGGACCAUCCUCAACCCUUCCCAUCUAUGGUCUCAUGCCUGCUGCUGCUUGUCGACCCCCACCAAUCAGAGCCCUUGCUAAGAAUCCAGUGCAGCAAUUCCCAGUUCGUAAGGCUUCAAAGCGACCUGGACCCCUUGCUGUCAAUCCGGUUGGAAAGCAGGUGGGAAAACCCCGGCGGGCAAGGCUUCCCUGGAGCCUUGAUGACACCAGGAAGGUAAUCAAAGGAGUUGCUCAAUUCGGACAGAGGUGGAAUAAGUGGAAGCUUAUAAAGGAUAAUAUGUUCAGUGAAGACAUUGAUCGAACUGAGCAGGAUAUCAGAGACAAAUGGUUAAAUCUGAUAUCUGCUACUAUGCCAGAGUCUGUAAGGAAGGGCGCCACAGCAGAGCUGACUGGGGAUGAUUGGGAUCUCAUCAAUGAACUCAAAGAGAUGCUUGAGGAUUAG